AUGUUGUGUUGCAGUAGGACCAACUCCUCUCAGCUGACAUUCAUCCUGAUGGGCAUCCCGGGGCUGGAGGCUGCCCACGUCUGGCUCUCCAUCCCUUUCGCUUGCAUUUACAUUGCGGCACUGGCAGGGAGCUGCACAAUCCUCUUUGUCAUCAGGACUGAUCCGAGCCUCCAUGAGCCCAUGUACCAAUUCCUCUCCAUGCUGGCCACCACAGACUUGGGGUUGUCUCUGUCUACAAUGCCAACCGUGAUGGGCAUUUGCUGGUUUAAUGCCAGAGAAAUUGGUUUUGCUGCUUUUUUUGCUCAAUUCUUUUUUAUUCGUUCAUUCUCUUUCAUGGAGUCCUCGGUGCUUCUGGCCAUGGCCUUUGAUCGCUAUGUGGCCAUCUGCUACCCACUGAGAUGCUCCUCCAGCCUCACCGGCACCAGGCUAGCCAAGAUCGGGCUGGCUGCCCUGUGCAGAUGUCUCUUAGGGCUCUGCCUGCUGAGAAGGUUGCCCUUCUGCCGGUCCCAUGUGCUCUCCCACUCCUACUGCCUGCACCAGGACUUGAUCAAGCUGAGUUAGUUUGUUCAUUCACUCUCCUUCAUGGAGUCCUCGGUGCUUCUGGCGGUGGUGGUCCCAAGAAGGAAAGACAGACAAAAGAUGUGGAAGGAGAAGGGAUAUUGUUCAAAAAACAGCAACCUGAUAGAAUAUUUUGUUCUUUUGUUUGUUUCACAGCAGGGAUUCAAGUGCUUCUUCCAUUGAUAAGUGUAUUUCUGGUA